GUCCCCAGAUAAGCACCGAGCCCUGGAGGAGACAAAGGACUAUACGUCCCAGUCCCUGGCCAGUGUAGCCUAUCUGAUCAACACCUUGGCUAAUAAUGUCCUCCAAAUGCUUGAUAUCCAGGCGUCGCAGCUCCAACGCAUGGAGUCUUCCAUCAACCAUAUCUCUCAGACGGUGGACAUCCACAAGGAGAAGGUGGCAAGGAGAGAGAUUGGAAUCCUGACUACCAAUAAGAACACAUCUCGCACCCACAAAAUCGUUGCUCCAGCCAAUCCGGAGAGGCCAGUACGUUAUAUCCGUAAACCUAUAGAGUACAAUGUGCUGGAUGACAUCGGCCAUGGAGUCAAGGUCAACAGCCAGAAUAUGAAGAUGGGUGGAGGUCUCCCUCGAACCAACCCCCCGACCCAGAAACCGCCCAGCCCCCCCAUGCCAGGGAUGGGAACCAUUGGGAGUACAGGAGGAGACAGGCACGCACCCGAGGGCCCCCUGUCGAAGAGGCCCAUCAGGAAGUCCAGGAUCCAGUUGCAGAGGGAGGUGGGAAAGGGCAGUGUGGAGUGCAAUAGAGAUUGCAUCAUCUGUGGAUCUGUUGGUGCGGCGCCACUCCCCUAUCGGACGCUGGAGCCCGUUCGUCCUCCUGUGGUCCCUAACGACUAUGUCCCCAGCCCCACACGCAGCAUGGCCCAGCAGGAGAGUCCUGUACUCACCACUACAGUUAACCAGCGGACACGCACCUACAG